GUAAUUGGCGGAAUUCCACGUCGCCUUUCCCUCUCCCCUCCCCUUUCCCUGCGUCUGGCCAGUUCUAAGGGACUACAGAUACGAUUCGCCGAGAAGGGCCCAGCAGCACCAAGCUGAUUGAUGAGGUGAAUCAUGCCUCCCUCUGAUUGGCCAUACAAGCGGCUUUACUUCCGAAGACUGCUGAAGUAGAAGUCAUUCCCAUAUCUCUGAAAAAGAUGGCGGCUGCUGCAGUUCGCGGGAUCGCGUCCAAGGUGGGCAAGAAUCUGAGGGAGAUUCGCAUCCACUUGUGCCAACGCUCGGCCAGCAGCCAAGGAGUGAGGGACUUCAUUGAGAAGCACUACGUGGAACUUAAGAAGGCGAACCCCGACUUCCCCAUCCUGAUCCGUGAGUGCUCCGAGGUGCAGCCUAAACUGUGGGUCCGCUAUGGUGAGCUGGGCUUUCGGCCAGGAGAAGAAUGUUUCAUUGAACAACUUCAGUAGUGAACAAGUGGCCACAGCCAUAGCCAACGUGAUGAAUGGCAAAGCUUGAAGUUUCAAGAAAACCCAUUAUGAGAAGAGCUUCCUCAGAGCUUGGGCUCUGAUGGACUGAGAAUGAAAUAACCACAUAUUUUAAAAUUAUCCUUCCAUGUAAACUUUGUAUUGUAUUGAACUGUGAUUUUCCUGAAUCUCUACCUACCUGAACCUCUACCUACCUCUACCUGAACCCUCUACCCUCCCCAAACACAUACAUUUUACCACCAAUGUUGUGACAGAGGAAAUUUAAUGUAAUACAACUUUUCGUUUCUA